UUUAUCAUAUGCGGCAGAUCGCCAGCGGCAAGCGGACGGAUACCUUUGUUAACUUAAUGCUGCGUUUGCAACGCGCCCUAGCAUAGCGGCUGUGAACUAAAUUUAUUUAAGCUGCGCUGUCUCUCGGGUCGGGCUUGUCUUGUGAUUUCAGUGCGUGAACAAUUAAGUUUUUGAAAAAGACUAUUAGUUAUUUGUAAAAAUGGCGACAGAGGUAACGAAUAAUGCACCGGUUAUAACUGAAAAAGAGAAAGAACUGAAAGAAGAUGCCGCCGUAGAUAAUGGUCAAACUAAAGAAGAGGCGCCGGCUGUAGCAGAGAAAGUAGAAGAAAAGGCUGAAGAGAAAAAACCUGAACCGGCACCACCAAAACCUACAGUGCAUAAAGUUAAUUUCGAAAAAGAUAUCGUAUAUUUGUAUCAGUUUUCGCGAACACCGGUGUUGCCGUCGACAUCCCCGUACUGCUUGAAGGUAGAAACAUGGCUGCGUCUGGCUGGUGUAAAGUACGAGAACGUGGAUCACAAGGCGAAGUUCCGUUCCAAAAAGGGGCAACUGCCGUUCGUGGAGUUGAAUGGUGAAGAGAUUGCCGACAGCACUUUCAUCAUCAAAGAUCUUUCUGAGAAAUUCAACAAGGAUCUCGAUGCGGCGCUGACGCCGGAGCAGCGGGUGCUGUCGCACGCCAUGAUCUCCAUGAUCGAGAACCACCUGUCGUGGGUGCUGCUGUGGUGGCGCGCCAAGUACCCCGACAGCGUCAUCAAGGGCUACCAGAUCAACCUGCAGAAUGCGCUCAACACCCGCCUGCCGAACCCCAUCCUUAACUUCUGCUACAAGUUCACGUCUGGCCGCAAGGGUAUGAAAAAGGCGAAGGCCCACGGCAUCGGCGUACACAGCCAGGAGGAGAUCAUCGAGUUUGGCAAGAACGACCUGCGCGUGCUGUCCGACCUUCUGUCCGACAGGCCUUUCUUCUUCGGCGACGAACCCACCCUGCUGGACGUGGUCGCGUUCUCCAACCUCGCUCAACUGAACUUCAUAGACAAGGAGGUCGCCCACCCGCUGCGCGACGCGAUCAACGACAGCUUCCCGAACCUGGUGGGGCUCGUGUCGCGCAUCAAGGAGCGCGCCUUCCACGACUGGGACGACAUCUGUACCACGCUCGACCUCAACGCGCACCUACCCAAGCCCGUCAAGGACAUCAAGGAGACCAAGGAAGGCACCGGGCCCGCAGAGAAACAGCCGCUCCCUGAUGAACCUGAAAAGGGCAAGGGCGACGAGAAGGAGAAGGAGGUAGAGAAGGAGGCCGAAGAGAAGAAAGAGACGGAAGAUAAAUAAGUAAAUGGCGACCACACCAGUUGAAUAUACACUAGAGUCAGACUCGGCAUACAUCCUGUAUAUUGUAAGCGUGUAAAUCCAUUUGUCUUUCCCGUUUUUUCGUUGACGAGGACGCCCGUGCGCCUAUCGAUAUAGUGUGCUUUUAAUGUUUCAUCGACAUUAUGUGUUCGCUCGAUGUCGUGUCGUGUAGGUAAUC